CGCCGUGCCAGCAGAAUCGAACCUCGUCAAUUUGAAUAGUUUGGAUUCGGUUUUGGCACGUCCAAACGAAUCGCAGCGCCACCUCGAUGUCGAUGCGAAAUGACGUCACAUUUGCCUUUCGUGUGUCUGGCGUGGCGUCAUGACCGGUACCACGUGCAACUUUUACAAUUGGAUCCCGGCACAGCAUUUGCAGGAAGAUGUUGUGAAUUGAGAGGAAUUUGCUCGCUCGGGCUCAAAGUGCAGAACGAACCCUCGCCAAGGAAAUCUGAAGAAGAACUCGAGCAAGCGUCCCGGUCCGGUCCCGGUCCCGGUGGAAAAGUGGCACCGGCCAGCAGCAGCGACGCGUUCGCCGACGGCGGCAAACGGAAGAAGAGGAAGGAGCUCAGCGACGAGGAGAAGCACGAAAUACGAGAAGCCUUCGAGCUGUUCGACACGGACAAGGACAACCGCGUCGACUACCACGAGUUGAAGGUGGCGAUGCGAGCGCUGGGCUUGGAGGUGAAGAAGGCCGACGUGGCGCAGAUCCUGAAGGACUACGACACGGACGGAAGCGGCAAAAUAGCCUUUGAGGACUUCAAUGAAGUGGUGAGCGAGCUGAUCCUGGAGCGCGACCCCAAGGAGGAGAUCCUGAAGGCCUUCCGGCUUUUCGACGACGACGAGUCGGGAACCAUCAGCCUGAGGAACCUGAAGCGCGUGGCCCGGGAACUCGGCGAGAACGCCAGCGACGAAGAACUGCGCAGCAUGAUCGACGCCUUCGACGGCGACGGGGACGGCGAAAUCAACCAGGAGGAGUUCCUGUCCAUCAUGAGCGGAGCGGCGUGAAGGUCGCUGGGAGGUCGCGACCCGGUGAACUUUGAACGGGGCAAAGUCGCCGGAUGGUUUUUAUUUAUUUAAAAGACAAGAAAAGGAAAGCAAAGCAAAGCAACUGGAUGACGUCCGACUCCACCAAAACACGACCCACCUUCAAAUCCACGGCGCCGAGUCACCGUGGGUUGGACUAUCUCUUCGGUUCAAAUCCCAGCGGCGUCUUUUGUUCCAUAGCGCAAGAAUAUUUAUUAAAACAUCAUGUUAAUUAUGAGCAAAGUGCUGCGGGUUUUUUAUUCUUCUUAUUUUAAUUGGCAUUUGUGGAGAUCAGUCCAACUAAAAAAAAAAAAAAAGAGUGAAAUAGAUGCUAUUGGGACAAGUGUCCAGUAGGGGGGCGCCAGAAACUAGGUCUCGGGCGCAAAAUGGCAAAACUUGCUUGUGACAUUUGACCUUUGCCGUUCGUACCUUAUUUGAGGGUUGAUGCACACUUUGUAAAUAAAGAUACUUUUCAAGUGGA